CAUUUAAACCUGCUUGCGUCGCAGAACCGUUGCAAUCACAGAUUGAAACAAACAGCUGAACAAAAGUGGUAUGAGCACGUAAUUGUGUAACAAAGGACUGAAUUAUUUUUAAAACGUUUUUUGGCAGUGUGAAAGUGCAGCAUUCUUGAUUUGUAUCCGUUAAAGACAUAGUGUUUUGGAGCAUACAUUGACUUCUUGUUCUGUGGAAGUGCUGACAAGCUUUAGCUAAAAAUGUCCCAGUUUGUGUUUGAGAAUGACCUGCAAAGUGUUCUUAAACUGGACAUGCCCAUAACAAAUGCACCGAUGCCAAGGUGGCAGCGCAAGACUGGUUCUUCGUCAGGAUCUGGGGCAACUUGUAGUAACGCCAGUAACCUUACCCCAAUGAAGUCUGGAAACAGAUCAUUAAGCACAUCCAAGACCCCUGGAAAAACGCCAGUCAAAAACACUCCUUCAAAAGCAGGGGGUGACCGAUAUAUUCCCAUCAGAAACAAGCAGCAGCUGGAGGUGGCCAGCUUCCUGCUAAGUAAAGAGAAUGAGCCAUGUCACACCACACCCACAGAAAAGGACCACCAGAAAGCAUGGUCUAUGAACCUCAAUGGCUAUGAUAUCGAUGAGGCAAAGAUUGUACACUUGGUUGGCAAGCCCAUGAAUGCACCUGAAGGCUACCAGAAUAAUCUCAAAGUUCUCUACAGUCAGAAGACCACCCCUGUCUCAACCAAAAAGACCACUCGAUACAUGUCCUCUGUACCGGACAAAAUCCUGGAUGCUCCUGAAAUAAGAAAUGACUUCUAUCUGAAUCUUAUUGACUGGAGCAGUCAGAAUCAAGUGGCUGUAGCUCUGCACAACAAUGUGUACCUGUGGAAUGCUGCUACAGGUGACAUUGUCUUGCUGAUGCAGGUGGAAAAUGAAGAACAUAUCUCCUCUGUCUCUUGGAUCAAAGAGGGGAACUUUCUGGCAGUGGGUGCAAGUGAUGCAAAAGUACAGCUCUGGGAUGUUGAAUCACAGAAACGUCUGCGCAAUAUGGCAAGUCACACAUCACGAGUUGCUUCCUUAAGCUGGAAUAACCAUGUCCUAUCUAGUGGUGCUAGAUCGGGGCACAUUCAUCACCACGAUGUCAGGGUGGCUGAACACCAUAUAGCUACUCUUUCUGGGCACUCGCAGGAGGUGUGUGGUCUGAAGUGGUCCCCUGAUGGAAAGUACCUGGCCAGUGGUGCCAAUGACAACCUGGUCUAUGUGUGGCCAAAUGUCCAAGAAAGCAGAGAUUCCACUCCAGUACACUGCUUUGCGCAGCACCAAGGGGCAGUCAAGGCCUUGGCCUGGUGCCCAUGGCAGACUAACAUACUUGCUAGUGGAGGUGGAACCAGUGAUAGACACAUUCGUAUCUGGAAUGUGUCAUCCGGCUCUUGUUUAAGUUCGCUAGAUACCGAAUCGCAGGUCUGUUCAUUGGUCUUUGCACCAAACUACAAGGAACUUGUUUCUGGACAUGGUUAUGCACAGAACCAGCUAGUCCUCUGGAAAUACCCCUCAAUGGUUAAAGUUGCAGAACUAAGAGGACACCAGGGCAGAGUUCUCAAUCUGGCGCUGAGUCCCGAUGGUUCAACAGUUGUAUCGGCGGCAGCUGAUGAAACUCUACGUUUCUGGAAGUGUUGUGCACUGGAUCCUGCCAAGAAGGAAAAGACAGCCCCUAAAUCCACGAGCAUCAUUCACCAGGGCAUCCGAUAAUGUAGUUUCCUGUUCUUUGCAUUUGACUUUACAGCAAUCAUCAGAAGAACUAUUGUCUAUUUGUAUAGUUGCAUAUACUGGUGUUUUUAUAUUUUAAUCAAUGUAAAUAGAUGUUUCUGCUUUUAAAAUAAAGUUAACUUUUUUUGGUUCUAUGCUUGCUGGCUUUAAAUUUCUUAAUGCGAGUUCAGCAUGUGUGUUCUCAUCUGUACUAAUCAACAUUAAAGCUGUUAAACUAGUUAUGGAAACCAUAGUCUGGAUAAGUAGCUGUGUAAUUGUCAUUUAUAAGUUGCAGCCCAUAUCUAUUCAUAGUUUGUUUAUAAACUGCCAUAUCUGAAUCCUCUAUAGUAUUGUGUUGCAGAUAAAUAGCAUUACCAUUAGGUGUCAGCAUUGACUAGGUUCUGACCUAUUGUAAUAUAGUACAAUUAUUUUCAAGCAGAAAUGGCCUUGUGUGUGUGUGUGUAUAUAUAUAUAUAUAUAUAUAUAUAUAUAUAUAUAUAUAUAUAUAUAUAUAUAUAUAUAUAUAUAUAUAUAUAAUAAAAUGGAGCACUAUGCAAGUGAUUGUUUUGAUGGGGAGCAGUGUUUUGUCUAAAACCAGAAAAUACAAUGUGGCUCCUGUUUGACUUAAGUCUUCCUCUUGCACUUUCAUUCACAUUCUAUAAGGCAGACCACAAAUAACAUUCUAACUGACACCCAGACUAUAGCAUUUAUAAAGGGGAAGAACUGUAUUGCAGGACAUGAGGCAUGUUAAUGUAUACUUUAUGCUUGCGUGCCAAGAUAUUUUCAGGCAGUAAGAAAACAUGUCAUCUGUUACUCCUUUGCUCACAGCAACACUGGCCUUUGUGUUCCUUCAAGUAUUUGGUAUGAAGUGGUGGGAUUGUGCAGCCCACUCAGCAUUGUUUAUUCUCAAACAGAGUGCAGGCAUACCAGAAGUCUGCAUACCGUUUUCUGGCUGUCAAACUCUGCAGCUCUCAAAAUUCCAGGCUGCAUAGCUCUGUUAGAUUAACAAAAGCCUUAGAGUCUGCUCCAGUUGGAAAACAGAUUUCUGCCUUUGUUAGACUUAGACUAUCCACUAUUGGGGUUAACAGAACUACCUGAUUAUGUCAAAUUUAGAUUUUUAACAUGUGUGUUUAUUAGGAACAUGAGGUUGCUGUGACUUCUUAGUGCUCAAACAUGUUUUUGUUGAAAAUAAAGUUCUGUUGGGACAACUGUUUUCUGAGGUUUUUUGCUUUGUAUUUUAUUUCCAACUUCCACUCUAAACAGUAAUAACAAUAUCCCUUAUGUUUAAUGAUUUCAUUCCUUUUGAUUAACUGGUUGGAUUUUACUUUAGCACCUUGUAAAUGGAAGACUCCAGGGAGUAGUGUGGAAUAUCUUUUACUUCCAUGCUUUGUCUUGUAGGAGGCUGUGUGGUCUGCUGGUUAAAGAAAAGGGCUUGUAACCAGGUCCCCAGUUCCACUCCAGGCUCGCUCACUGUGGGACCUUGAGCAAGUCACUUAACCUUUUUGUGCUCAGUCUUUUGGGUGAGAUGAUGUAAGUGACUCUGCAGCAUAGUUCACAAAACCUAGUCUCUGUAAGUCACCUUGGAUAAAGGUGUUUCCUAAGUAAACCUUCCUGCCUUGGAAACAUAGGACAGUAUGAUUGGGGUCUUCGAAGUACUUUCAAAUUUCAAAUUAUUUUUUUAACCAUUUCCUUACUUUUCAUGGUGUUUGUAAUCAUUCCAGUACCAUCUAGUGAUAUUGUACAUGUUUUGCUGACAGUUCACUGACGUGCACCUGAUGAUGCUGGUGUUUACUAAUGAAAGACACUUUGGCUAAUCUAGAAUUUAUAUACAGGGUGAUCAGAAAGUAGGGUUACCACAUCAAUGCACCAGAUCAUUGAAAGUUUUCAAUGUAAUCACCCUGUUCAUGUGUGUGCCAGGUAACCCUAACUGAAGAGCAAGCUCCCAAACUCAAAACCAAAGCACCUUAAAAGGGACUGAAAAAAAGAAAGCACAAUAUUUGAGUGAUUGCAAUAUAUGUACUGUUCCACAUAUUAUCAAAAGGGCCUCCUCAACUCCAGAGAAGCACUUGGAAUCUCAGUUACUAACAUUCACUUCAGGUGCCUUGGUCAUAGAAAAUUAUAAUCUAGUAAAAAGAAAAUGUACUGUUACCAAAUCAUUUGAUAUUAUACAGAGUCAUUUAUCAGAUGAGGGAAUGUUACUAAAGUCAUUUAACUUUCGUAACUUUUUAUUUUUUUUAUUUUAAAUUUGGAAUCUUCAAUUGUUUUUUUACCCAAUUUGAAAUGCCUAAUUUUUAUUUAUUUAUUUAAGUCUGGCUCGGGAGAGACAAAGACGAGCACACGGGAACCGUGUGCUGUCAGUCAUCAACUUCUUUUCACUCUGCAGACCCGCUAUGCAGCUACCUUCAGAGCUAGUGUCGGACGCAGCUCUGGGCAGAAUGCAGGCAGGCCCGCAGGUGCCCGGAUAGUCUACAGGAGUCGCUGGUGCGCAGUGAGCCGAGGACACCCUGGCUGACCUAAGCUCUCCCCACCCUGGGGGGCACUCGGCCAAUUGUGCGCCUCCCCCUGCGAACUUCCAUCCACAGCUGGCUAUAGAAUGCAUCUGUACUCCACGUGGAGUGCCUUUACUGGAUGCGCCACACGGUAGCCCCCACCUUUUUAAAUAAUAAUAAAGAGCACAAAAAAACUGCUUGCAUGGUUUUGCUUAUUUUGAUUCUUUCAGAUUCUGCCAGUGUAUACCAACAUUAAUUAUUCUCUCCCAGGUGGCAAAUCCUGAAGAGAGAUAGUUUUCGUGGAAACCCAUGUGAGGAAACACAGCAAUUUAAAGCACACACUCAGCCGUUAUACAAAAUCUUUUUUUUUUUUUUUUUUUUAAAUUAUAUAUAUUUUUUAUUAUUUCAGAAAAAACAUAAGGAAGAGCGAGAAUGCAAUCAAACUCUUCUACAGACAACAGUUCUUUCUUUCCAGCCUUUAUAUAUUUUAACAUUUAACUUGAUCAACUUGGGCAUUGUUUGGAGAUUUUCACUUGACUUAAGUCACUAGAACCAGGUAGGUAGGGGGACGCAGUUACCAGAAUCUGGGAGGUUAGAAGGGUGUCAGGACACGAACAAUCCAGAUGCAACAUGCCAAUAGAGCAACUGUGAUCUUCAUGAUUUCAGCUUCACUGUAACUGGCUGGGUGAACUACUUCAAAACCCUGCAGCUCUCCAACCAUAAGCUGUUCAACAGUCCCUUAAAUCUUCAAAUCCACUACUAUAGUAUAUUUUAUUAGCACCCAUAAAGCUAGAUUGUCUUUAUCUUAGUGCUCAUGUGAGGAAGCUGUGAACACUGAAGCAUAAAGUCUAUCCACAGACAGCUGAUACACUGUUGAGUGGCUGCACACAGACAGUGUAGCAGACUUGAAGCUGUGUAUCAACAGAACAGUGCCAGUUUAGCCAUGGCAAAGGAAGUGGCCGCUCAGACAGUGAGCCUCAACCCUGAGGGUGGGACAGAGGCAGUUCACUCCCCUGCUCUGCUGACAAAGGCACUCGGCAGCUCUUCUCAGUGCUGAUGGUUUGGGGAACAUCAGCUGAAAUUAACUUCACAAAACUGGAAAGCGCUGAGCUGUCAGCUGAGAAACCCGAUUACGGUAAUAAAGAACCUGAUAACUUCUUAAGGGGGUUGCGCACACUAGGGGUGUAAUAAACAUACAGCUGGUUAACUGGGGGUUUCUCUGUUCCACAAAUAGGUUAAUAAAAUAAAUAAUAAAAAAAAA